UGUGAAGGAAGCUAAGAGAGAACGGUUGAAGUGACUGGAUACAAUGUAACUGCAGCUAAUUCGAAUCAGAAAUGAUCAGGAUUCUAUGACAACGGGCUGACACUUCCCUUCCCUGUGGGACAUUCUCAUAUCAGUGAUAGAACCUGCCAUUCAUGCUGUGUGAUCCCCUGAACCAGGUGUCAUAACAGGCUGUGCAUGGGUGGAUGCACCCCCAAAUUCCAGCAUGGCUGCUAGACGUAAGAAAGGAUUACAAGAUUCCAUUGAUGAUGUGCUUGGGGACCUCCUUGGGGAUGAUGACUUCUCCUCCCCAAAACCACAAAAAAUCUCUUUGCAUAAGUCUGUCCCUGUCAUCCGACCACGAUCCAAUAUGUUGUCCAAUCCUAGUAAAAAGUCACCACUGGAUGAGAAUUACUUCAGUCAGCUGGCAAAGGAGGCAGAAGAGGAGUCUGACAUCUCAGAAGCUGAUGCUCAAGCUCUUCUUGAAAGCAUGAAGGACUUGGAUGAUAUGGAUGCAGAGAUAUUUGGAACCAAAAAGCCAAAAUCGGCCCCUGCAAAGAAUGUUGGGAUGGGUCAAGGUACUGACAUUGAACUGAGAAAGGGAGAUAAAGCAAUGGAACCUAGGAGAGGUCGCUCUGCCCCUGAGAGUGAGAAGAAAGCCUCACCUGCCCCUGUGGCUCAACCUCGUUCCUACAAAAAGUUCUCCUUUGAUGAUGAAGAUGACCCGUUGGCUGGACUUAUGUCUGAUGAAGAUAAUGGAAUUGCCAAAAAGACAAAAACCUCAGGACACUUUGCUCCAGAAAUUGAGAAGAAGCCCUCCUCUGCUCCUGCGGCACCAUCACAUUCUGAAAAGAGGCUUUCCUUUGAUGACCUAGAUGACCCUCUGGCUGGACUCUUGUCUGAUGAAGAUAAUGGAAAUGCCAAGAUGACAAAAACUACUGGUUAUGUGCCAACUCAUGAAUCUGUUCCCUUAAAGAAUGCAGCCACACCUCUCUCCAGCCCUGUGAGACCAUCUCCAGGCUCUCGCAGGAAGGACGUUCUCACAUUUGACGAUGACACUGAUGACAUCAUGGAUGCCUUGGGCUUUGGGGACAGCCCACAAACACCUCAGAAAAAAGAGAGCUCCACCGCACGCCCCGCACGCUCCAAACUGGAUGAACUUAUGGGACGGGGUACAGCUGCCAAACUCCUGGAGAGGCCUCCAACUGGGGAAAGGAAAGAAUUCAAACUUGAUCCAAAGUACCAAAAGAAGCCAGAAAAGGAGGACAUUCUGGCUGAUGAAGAUAUUGCAUUUGGUUCCUACCAGCCCACCAUAUUAACCAGUCCAGAAGGACGUAUGUCUCGGCGCUCAUCUGUCAGAUUCUCUGCAGAAAGUAAUGAAAAUGUAAAGGCUACUAUAAAAUCUCAGCCUACCACUCCAAAGGCCCAAAGUCCGUCACGGGGAGAUAGAAGUGGGGCUGAUUGGCUAGGCUUAAAAGACGAUGAGAUCCUGGAUGCAGCACCUUCACUCCCUAUUAGAGAGCCGUCUCGAUCCUCUGCAGUGACUCCAACAUCUACAAGUCGCCCACAGUCUGGGACUGAAAAUGGUCCUGCAGCUAAACCAAGGGAAAGCAAGCCGGAAGCUUCAAGUAAGCACCAAGAGAAGGAGAAGGAUGAGUGGCUAACAAGUGCCCUUGCCCGCAAGAAAUCCCAGAUACAGGAAAAAGAGGAGGAGAAACCACAGGCUCACAAUGUCACGGCUGAGAUUACUGGCAACAGCGGUCAAGCCAUGUCACUGACAACAUCCCAGAAAUCAAUCCAACCCAAGACUACAAAGGACAGGGCCUCACCUGUGUCCGAGGUAUCUGGGUUUCCUUUACCCUGGGAGAGUCAACAGAAUGUCGGAGUUUCCACUGUUGUUUUUAGUUCCAAGCAAGAGGACGUCCACCAGAAAGAUCCUUCUGUGCCAUCAGAACCACUUACAGCCAAAAAGGAGGAACCGACUACCAAGCGAUUUACUGAAAGACGAGUGAGAGAGGUUGAUCAGGAGCCGAUGGAAUCUAAAAGUCAUAUUUUGGAUCUUGAAGCUCAGGUGAGGAAGCUUCAACUGGAGAAUGAGCAACAGAACAUAAUGCUUGAGACCCUUCAGCAGAGGCACAGAGAGGACUUAGACCUCAUUGAGAAUGCACACAGAAAUCGUCUGAAGCUGCUGGAAGACUCGGCUAGACAGAGAGAAGAGCGUUUAUUUCAAGAGAACAAACAGCUGUCAGCACAGUACCUCUCCCAGUGCCAGGCUGCGGAGCAUGAGAAGACUGACCUAUUGGCAAAAUAUCAGAAAAGGCUGACAGAAUUCCAGCAAGAAAAGGAACUGGAGGUAGAGAGGAUAAGAGAGCUGCAGAGGGCAUCGGUAAAGGAAAUGUGCAUAGACUAUGAGGAACAGUUACACCGGAUUAAACGUCUCAAAGACCAGGAGAUUGAUGCAGUCACCAGUGCCUCUUCACAGACAAGGUCCUUGAAUGGAGUCAUUGAACAAAUGGAGUCCUACUUUCAUAAACUGAGUGAGCUGUCUGAGAAGGUAGAAAAUACCCAAGUAACAAAAUCGGAAAUUGGUGUACGGCAGAGAGAAGGGCAGCUCAAAGUAUUGCAGGAGCGCCUGAGUCGGCAGCAGAAGGACAUGGAGGAGGAGAGAAAUAACUUGCGCAUGAUCAUAACCAAUAUGGAGACUCGACUGAGUGAACAGAGCCGCCUUCUGGAGCAGGAACGCUGGAAGGCCUCUGCAGAACAGGCCAAAGUGGAGUCUCUGCAACGGUCACUGGAGGAGCAGAGAAGGGUUUUGACUCAGCAGUUGUCCUUGGAGAGAGAGGAGCUGGAUAGAGCAAAGAGCGCCCUUCUGGAGGAGCAGCAGUCUGUCAUGAUGCGUUGUGCUGAGGAACGCAGGAAAUUGGCCGCAGAGUGGUCUGAAUUUUACACUCAGCACAAACUAAGCAAGGAGCGGGCAGAGAAAGAUGUGAACAGAGCUCUGAUGUUGGAAACUCAAAGAGAAGGCACAAUCAUCAGCCUGGCCAAGGAACAAGCUGAACUGAAAGUUCAAGCCACUGAGUUACGGAAUCGAGAGGAGCAACUGACGCUGGCUAAAGAAGCGGUAGAAAAAGAGAGACAGGAACUGCGACUCGAGAAGGAAAGACUUAAUGCAUUGGCCUUGCGCGUCCAGCACAGAGCUGAGGAGAUAGAGCACAUGAGCAAGCUGGCUUCUCAGAGAUAUGAGGAUGGAGAAAAGGCAUUAGAAGAGGCAAAGAAGGUAGAAUCUGAACACCACGUGCGUCUCAAAACAAUCCAGCAAAAAUUAAGUUGGCUAAGGCAGGAAGAGGAACGUAUACACCAGCAACGUCUAAACCUGACUAGUCAGAGAAGACAACUUGACAAACUCCACCAGGGACUUCCCACUUCCUCAGCCCUGUUUCCUGCAGUGCUCCAGGAGCCUCAUCUAAUAUCGCAGCUUCCUGGACUUCAAAGUGUUAAUGCAGCCACUAGUGUCCCAGGAAAGCGAGAGGAUAACCGAACACUGCAAACAUCAGAGUUUCAGGCCAAACUUGCACUACUUAAACUCGCUGCACUGCAGGAUAAAAACUUUCUGGAGGAUGAGCAAAUGUUCCUGGAAACCCUCAAAAAAUCGAGUAACUCAUGGUCACAAGUUGCAUGAUGGGAAGACGUAUAGAAGAUGCCCAGUCUGAGACAAUCACCAAGACGCAAGAAAAGUCGGCACUGCUCAGCAAUUAACUCAACUCCCAGUAUAUUC